GGGCAGACCAGAUGAACCCAGUUCAGAGAGCAAGUCACACGGCAAAGAGUCCUCAGCUGUCAGCCCAGGAUCACCCAGUUUGAGGUUCAGUGUUCUGGAGGAGCAGAUCUCCAGAAACAAAAGAUGUCAAGAACUAAAUCCUGGCAGCUGAAUCUAUAAGAAACAUUGCCAAGAAUGGAUUUAGGUUUCAGAGCAUCAUUUCAGCAUGAACCAUCCAAGGAGGACCCAAAGUCAGCAAAUACAGACUUUAUCCCCAGUCGAGGGCCCACUCUGCAAACAGCAGAGGAUAUCUCUAAGUUGCAGAACACUCAGCCCGGCUUAUUGCAAAAUGGCAAUAACUCACGUGCAAGGCAGGAACUGCAAAGACUCUAUAAGUCAUUUCAUUUAUGGCUGCAGCCAGAAAAACACAGCAAGAAUGAAAUUAUUUUUCAACUUGCCCUGGAACAAUUUAUGAUCAAUAAGCACUUCAGUGAAAAGUCUACUUUGAAAGAGAAAUGGAAAGCAAGUGGUGGAGACCUGGAGAAAUUCACAGAAGACCUGCAUGAUGACUGCAUAAAGCUACCUGACUUGGUCCAUGUCCACAUGCAGGGGCAGGAAGCCCUCUUUUCAGAAAAUAUGUCCUUAAAAGAAAUCAUCUUUCAUCUAACCAAUCAGUUGUCAACAGGAGGGGUGAACAUGGGAACUCCAUCCUGGACUGUGCAAGAUACGUCCCUGGAAACAGGACAAAGAAAUGAAGAUAAAGAAAAUGAUGGUAACAUUUCUGUGAAAACUCAUCAAGUAAAUGACAGUAUUACUCGUCCAAGCAAUCAAAUACCUGCCCUAAUCAUUGUCCAAGAAGACAACCGUCUGAGGCUGGAAGAAGGAGGUGUUUCUCUGGAGAAUCCACGAAACUCCAGAAGAGGAGCAAGUCCAGGCCCCUCCAGGCCUCAGGAUGGAUCCCUGAAAGGACCCUCCUCUCAAGAUGUCCUUGUGGAAGUGGAACGAGACCAGGUCACCCCUGAGCCUGUUUCUACUGUCCAGAGCUCUGAGGGGUCUUCUGCACGUGGGGAACACCAGGAAAGAUCCCUUAGAGCCCCAGAAGUAUACAGAUGUGAGAGAUGUCCCAAGACCUUCAGGUAUUCCUCUCGGUUCAGAGUUCACCAGAAAAGACACAAUAAUGAGAGAACAUAUAUUUGUGCCGAGUGUGGCAAAGGCUUCUUCCAGGCAUCAGACCUCCAUGUGCAUCAGAGGAUUCACACAGGAGAGAAGCCCUUUGUGUGCAGCACAUGUGAAAUGGCGUUCACCCACAAAACCAACCUUCGGGCUCAUGAGAGAACCCACACGGGAGAGAAGCCCUAUGAGUGUUUCCUCUGCCAGAGACGCUUCCGCCAGUCCUCCACCUACCACCGCCAUCUCAGGUUUCACCAGAAAACUACCCUCAAAAGGGCUCCACACUAAAUUAAGCUUCCUUGGUUACGGUCCCAAAGUAAUGGACAUAAAUAUGCAUGUGAAUAGGUAUAUUUCCAUAGUAUUUCUCCAUUUAGAAUAUACUUUAUAAUUUUCUCAUGUUAUUCCCAUUGCCUCACACCACCCGGAUGUAAGUUUAAGGAAGACAAGUAUUUUCUCAGUUUUUUUCACUAACAUCUCAGGUGAUUUGAAAUAGCUGACACAUUUCAAACAACUAGUAAAUAUCUGUUUAGUACAUGAAUUUAUCUUUAAGAUUGGUGUUAUUUUUAAAAUUUAGCCCCACAUGAGAAGACAGUGAGUUCCCAUGCCAGAACACACGAUCACCAGCUCAUAGUGGGCCACUGAGGACCACUGCUGCUUGCUACCCUGUUCUCUGUCCACACCCUUUAUCUUGUGGGCUUCAGCUUUUCAGUAACUGAAUCUGGGGAGAUCUGGGUCCCGCUGAGGACAUCAGAUCUUAUUGCCCUCCCAGGCCUCGACCUUCCCCUGAAGCUCAAUAAAAUGGCUUUGUUACCA